UUCUAAGCAUUUGCAUUCAACCUUUGUGCUAAGUUUUGGCCAAUGGCAAGCUCUAUGCAUUCUUUUCUCCUCCUCUUAGCCGCCCUAAAUGGCCUCUUGGUGGCCACUAUGGGGGCCACCUUUGAGGUCAGAAACCAAUGCUCCUUCAUUGUUUGGGCGGCUGCUAGGCCUGGAGGUGGCCGCCGUCUUGACAGGGGAGGAUCCUGGACCUUCAAUGUGGCCCCUGGAACCACCCAAGCUAGGAUCUGGGGCCGCACUGGAUGCAAUUUCGAUGCCAGUGGCCGUGGAUCUUGCCAGACUGGAGACUGCGGUGGUGUCCUCGAGUGCAAGGGCUACGGAGCUGUUCCUGCAACUCUUGCAGAAUAUGCUCUAAACCAAUUUAGCAACUUGGACUUCUUUGAUAUAUCUCUGGUCGAUGGUUUCAAUAUCCCUAUGGUAUUUGAACCUACAGUCACGAGUAGCACCGGAAAAUGCAGGCGUAUUCCAUGCACUGUCGACAUCAAUAGCCAGUGUCCUAACGAGCUACGAUCCCCAGGUGGGUGCCGGAGUGCAUGCACAGUGUUUAAGAGUGACCAAUAUUGUUGCACUGGAUCGGCUGCAAACAAUUGCGGCCCCACCAACUACUCUAGGUUCUUCAAGGAUAGGUGCCCUGAUGCUUAUAGCUACCCUAAGGAUGAUCCAUCUAGCACCUUUACUUGCCCUUCAGGGACUAACUAUAGGGUUAUCUUUUGCCCUUGAGCACUUUAGGGCUUUUUAUAGCCCUCAGUGUAUGACAAUAAAGGUUUCGACUCCCCGCCACCCACAAGCCAACUAUGUUGGAACCAUGUGGAUUAGUAAAAUGUUUUAAGAAUAAAUGUUUGGAGGAGGUAGUACUUGGCCCCUUUUUAAAAUAAUAUUUAUAUGAAAUACCCUAUUUAUAUAA